ACUUUUUUCAUUUUAAUUCACCGUAUAAUUCAGUCUCUCUCUCUCUUUUCACUCAAAGUGAUACGAAUACGAUAGUCGGUAUUAUGAUUCAAACGCCACUCUCAGAUCCAGCCACGGUAUUGAUAUUUGAUGACGCUGCUCUGUUGCCGUUGUUUGAUGCUGCAUAUUCGUCUAGGGGCGUUCUUAAGCAUUGAAAAUACCCGCUUUUCUUUUUACAUUUUUUUUAAACCAGUGAAUUAAUUAUUAUAGUUUAAUGUAGGCUGACGAAUGACUUUUUUUGCACAAAUACAACAAAAAUUGGUCUUAAUAACAGCCCGGAGUUACUCUUCAUGCAUUUAAUUUCUACAUCAGUUCGUAAAGAAAUGGAAGCCGAUGAUAUCGAAGAUGGCGAAAUAUUGGAGGAUGAAAGUAACGAGCCAACCUUCCCAAUCAAAGAAUGUCCUAACAAUAACGAGUUCCCAAUCGUAAAUAAAGACUUCCCACAUUUUGAAAUUGAAAAUUUCGAACAAAAACUUCACGAUGAGGUGAAGAACUCCUUCGCAGAAUAUUUUUCUCAUCAUCUCAAAGACAAGAGAAACCAUCAUCAUGAAUCUCAUAAAAAUUCGAGACGCGAUCGAUCGACGUAUUCUGAUAUACCAAGAAAACGCAGAAGAAUGGAUGAUGGCGAUGGGUGUAUCAGAAACGAUAAAACGUAUUACGAAAAAAAUAACAAGUCGAAUUACGAAGUUCCCAGUAUGAAGAAUUAUGACGAAGAAACCAACGAUGAUGAUAUGAUUUAUGUGUUAGGAGGUUCGUUGAAUGAUAGUGAAAAACCGCAUAUGCCUAUGAAAAAUGAAAUGCCGUAUGAUUUAAAUGAUUCGAUGAUGUACCCUAAUGAAGAUGAAAACGACGAUUCUCGACCGUACCAUAAACGAUCUCCUUUACGAAGAGACAACUAUAAGAAAGAUCGAAGUCGUCCCCGUGGUCUUUCAGAUCGAGGCCCUGACCGAGGUUUCGAUAGAGGAUCGGAUAGAGGACCGGACCGAGGAUUUGAUAGAGGUCCUGAUAGAGGCUCCGAUCGCGGGCUGGACCGUGGACCUGAUCGUUGCAACGUAGGCAUGGCCAAAAGACGAGGUAGAGGCGGCGGUGUCGGAGUGCGCGGAGGAGGAGAAAUGCACCGCAAAGGAAAACCCAGAGAUAGAGAAGAUAAUAAUGACUUUUAUAAUAAUCAAGGAAAAAAUCAGAGGGGGAACGAACCUAUGUAUUCGCAUCAGUACAAUAUGCCUCGUAAACUGGAAGUUUGUAAAUUCUAUCUAAACGAUUGCUGUACUAAACGAGAUAAAUGUAUAUACAUGCACAAUGAUUUCCCUUGUAAAUAUCAUCAUACUCCUGGAUCAACUUGUCAUCUUGGCAAAAGUUGCAAAUUUAGUCACUCGAAAUUAGACGAAAUUCAAAGAGCUGUUCUCAAAAAAUACGCGGAUAUACCUUGUAAAGAAAUCGAUGAUAUGCAACGCUUUCACCGAGAAAAUAGCGGAAGUUCUACAUACUCGGCUCAUAAAGAGAAGAAAGAAUCAGCUAAUGCGAAUAAUCAAAAUUCUCGAAUACCGUCUUUGUUCGACGUGAAAAUACCAAUACCACCGGAAUUUCGAGACGAAGAAGGUAGUUCCACACCUAUGCCUUCUCCUCAGAGCGGUUCUCAAAUCUACGACGAUGAUGAAAAUGACGAAACUAUUUAUAAUAAAAUGAACCAUGAUCAUAAUGACCGACACACAGAAACGACAACAGAUGGAGAAGACACCGACAGAAAGCAUAGCAAUGAAGAUACUGCGCACAAGAGUCAUCAUAGAAAAAAGAGUAAGAAAGGCGACGAUCACAGCAGCGAUAGCGAAAGAAGAAAACAUUCUGAAAAACGUAAAAAACAUUCGAAAAAAGAAGAAAGAAAAUUCGACAAGAAGAAAAAACACGAACAAAAACAAGUCGAUGAUACUUAUUCGAACAUGUUUCCUGAACUGGAAGAACCUCCUUGGGAUGCAGAUUUCGACAAAGAAGACGAACCCCAAGAACAAGCUCCAGCUCUUGCACUUACUCCAGCUGUUGUUACUCCUGCCAUUGUAGAAGAACAACGAAGUCCGAAACACGAACAAAAAGAACCAUCGGACGCGUUAUCUCAUCUACCUAAAAAACAACAAGAAUUAUUUUUAAGGAUACAACAACAUCAAAAAGAAGCCGAAACCGGUCAAAAUUCCAAUAUUGAUGAAAAAGACGACGAAGAAGAUGGUAAGGCAGACGUUAAUUGGUACUCAAGUGAUGAGGAAGAACCGGAGAAACCCGAGAGUUCAUCUCCAUUAGCUACUAUUUUGAGAACAAUUCAAACUAAUUCAAAUAACGUUCCUAGCAAUGAGAAAUCAAAUAAUUCUAAUCCUGUAAAUACGUAUUUGCCGAAUACUUCUUCGUCUAGACCGGCACCUUCUCAAGAGACUGAUUCUGUGAUGGUUGAUCCCUCGCAAUUAGCAAAUAUCGAUCUUAGCGACGAAGUCACUCAAUUACUAAAGUCUGUUAUGAAAACAGAUGCUUCCUCAAGCAACCAACCAGCUUCUACGGAUUCAUUACCAUCGAACUCUGAUAGAGAUGAUCGAGUGUUCUCGCAUUCUAGCAGGAGGUCUUCGGAUGAUAAAAAUUAUCAAAUUGAUCAAAUGACGAGCAAUGUAGCUAAGCCUUCUCAAAAUGAAGACGUUGAUCUGCGUUAUUUAAAUGCUAAUAGCAUAUUGAACACCGCUUCGUUGUUUGCUUCUAAUAGUCACGAAUCUAAUCCAAAUAAUGAUAUCGAUUUUCGAACGUUACCAUUUAAACCUGUUCCUAUUCACGAUGCUGCCACAGAAAUAAAUGCUUCGAUUACUGCCCAUCCCCCGAUGGAGUAUAAAUUAAAACCACUCUCGUUUAUUCCUCGUGUAAAUUACGCUUCCAUGACGGACGUGGCCAAAAUGUGUGUAAACGAUCCUCGCUUCAAAAAGAAACUAAUGAAUCCAUCGAGUACAGAAAACGUAGAAAAUGCUCACUCAUGUCCACCAUUCAUACCGCAAGAUCCACGUCAUGCUUUAGCUGUCAAAUCUAUGAACGAAACGCCACGUAUUGAUCCAAGACUAGCAGAUCCUCGUAAGCCUCACACAAUCGAUCCACGAUUAGAUACCAAGAACGCCGUUCCUAAUUCGAAACUUGAUCAAAGACCCGAUCCUAGAAUGAUGGAAGCAAAAGUACCAGAUAAAGAACCAGUUCGUCCUAUUGUCGAUUUUCGUGAUCCUAGACUUAAAUCUUGUAAAUUUCCCGAAAUUCCUAUGCCUUUCCCUAUAAUGACACCUUUACCUCCGAUUUUACCUGAAAUGGCAGCCCCUAUGCCGGUUAGGAAAGAAGAUCCUAGGUUAAAAUACAGAGCUAACCAAAAGUAAAGUUGUUUUGUUCGGUUUUUCUUUUCCUCAUCCAAAGUUAUUUUAUUCUUUUUAAUAUGUUUCGUGUAAGUUUUAAUGUACAGAUGUCUACAUUCGUUUAAUUUAUGUAUCUUACUUUGUAGAAUUUUUCUUAGUGGUUUUUUUUUUUUUUUUUUUUUUUUUGUUUAUGAUGAGAAUGUGUACGAUAGUUUUGUUUGUGUUCAUUGUAUAUCGUUACGUUGUUAUUGUACGAGAUUUUUGCAUUGUAAUUUCAGUUUCGAAAAACCAUACGUGCCAAUGUUAUGGUUCUAGCUGACACAGAAGUCAACAUUCCAUUCAGGAAAUUGAAAAGUAAAUUAAAAGUUUUUUAAAGCGAAGACUAGAGAGUCCGUUAUUGUUUUUCUAAAGCAAGCGCACCUGCAUUUUGCUGUUUAUUUUUAAAAGUUUGAAUAUAGAUAAAUUUGUAUUCAUUUAUAUUCCUGUUUGAGGUUAUCUAAUUCGGUCUUAUUGAAAUAUUCCUCUCAUUUUUUUUUCUCAUUUCACUAACGUAAUAAAUUUAUUUAGGUCUAAUCGUAGGUUUAAAAAUAAGAACAGAAGUAACGCGAAUGCCAUUUUCAAACGUCACUGUAGAUUUUUUGCAUGACGAAACUUCAUGUCUUCUGCUGAACAAUGCAUAUUCGUCAAUGUAUUGAAUGCUCGUGUAAACUUUAUUUUUUUACGUUUUUGAUUUGACUUUUUUAUGCCUGGAACAUUACGUUGCUUGUUGAUAUUAAUACUUCAAUUUUUUUUAGGUUGCCAACUUUUUAGUUCUUGUUUAAGUUUAAUUUUAUUAUUCUUUGUUCUGUCCUCUUGUAAUUUAUUAAUUUAUUGCGAUAAUUAUUUUUUUAAAAAGAAAACUGUUAUUUCUCAUA